AUGAACAGACCGCCACAGGGCCGAGGGCAGCCACGGGUGGGCGCGACAUGGUAUCCAGGGGGUCAGGAUGACUUCUACAUGCCGGAGGUCAUAUCUCCCUCCCCUCAAAGAGUGAUGCCGGAUGUUCCUGAGAACAUGCAGGAUAAUAUCGCUCAGAUGGAACAUCGCGCUCAUGAUCCCCGCCGUCAACCCCCCGCGCAGUAUCAACGCGCCUACCCCGAGCGCACCUCGUCCGCUGCCCAAGGUCCCCCCCAACACAACCAGGUCCAGGACCCAAGCUCUUACGCGCAAUCCGCGACCUACGACAGCAUGGAUCACCCCAACUUCUCCCCGUUCCCCGUGCUCCGAAACCCGCCGCCGAACGUCCCGCCCACCGACGAACAGCGGGAGGCCAGUUUGGAACGCGCGCGGAUGGCGGUCCUAUCGACAACCGAUCCUGAGAUGCAGCUGGCGUGGGCGCUGGAUGCGCUCGCCUUUGUGGAAGUCGCCGCGCAGAACGAAGCCCGCCUGAGUGUGACGCAACCCCCGCGCCCGCAAACCCCGCAGGUCGAACGGCAGCUGCGAGUCGAUGCCAUGAACAUCGUCGGCUUCCUGGCCGAACAGCGCCACCCCAAGGCGGAAUUCAUCAAGGGCAUGUGGCUGGAGUUCGGCAAGUUUGGCUGCCCCAUAGAUCGCAAGGAGGCAUUCCGAUCGUAUUCGCGAGCAGCGGAGAAGGGGUAUGCGCGUGCGGAAUACCGGAUCGGAAUGCAGUUCGAGAGCUCGGGAGAGCCAGAGAAAGCGAUCAAACAUUACCAACGGGGUGUGUCACGAGCGGACUCGGCCUCCUACUAUCGCCUGGGAAUGAUGAUUCUUUUGGGCCAACAUGGCCAGCGCCAGGAUUUCAACACUGGCUUGGAAUACAUUCGAUUGGCGGCGCAAUCAUGCGAUCAAAACGCACCCCAGGGUGCAUAUGUAUACGGUAUGCUUCUAGCGCGGGAGCUUCCCCAAGUGAGCGUGCCGGAAACCUUUUUGGCCAUGGAUCUCGAUCUGGCCCGUGUCAAUAUCGAAAAGGCCGCCUAUCACGGGUUCGCCAAAGCCCAGGUGAAGAUGGGUGCCGCGUAUGAGCUCUGCCAGCUGAGUUGUGAUUUCAACCCUGCGCUAUCGUUGCACUACAACGCACUGGCAGCGCGCCAAGGCGAACCCGAAGCCGAGAUGGCCAUCAGCAAAUGGUUCUUGUGUGGACAUGAAGGUGUCUUUGAGAAAAACGACGAACUAGCCUUUACUUAUGCGCAGCGCGCGGCUCAGAGCGGUCUGCCCACCGCCGAAUUCGCCCUCGGUUACUUUUACGAGGUUGGUAUAUUUGUACAAUCCGAUAUCAAGGAAGCUCGCUCGUGGUAUGCUAAGGCAGCCGCGAGCGGCAACAAAGACGCAUCAGGUCGUAUUGAGAGUAUAUCCCGAUCCAAGACCUUGUCUCGAAAGGACCACGAAAAGGUGGCAAUCUCACGCAUCAAGUCCACUCGAUAUACUGCGCAUCAGCGAGGAAACUCCCUGGAAACCGCCCCAGAGAACAUUCAAAUGCCAGAUCCGUCGAGAAUGACCCUCUCAGAUGGCCCGCCCACUGCCGCUCCUUACCCUGAUCGCCCUCAUUCUACUCGGCCCCGGCCCCAACAGGGCUAUCAAUUGUCCGACCCUCGGCCCAGCUCUGCUUUCGGGGUCAACCCUAACCUUCGACAAAACGUGGCCCCGGGAUACGGUGGCCCGUCUCCCUCGGCCCCCGGAUCUCGUACCCCGUCGUAUGGGCCGGGGGGUCCUGGUGGCUCCGGCGGUCCCGGUCCCGGUCCCAUGAAUUAUCGUCAACCGGGACCUGGUACACCGCUCAGUGCUCCUGCUGGGCCCGGCAGCCCACAGGCCGGUAGUAUGAUCAGCCCAAGUGGAACCCCGCGCCUCGAUAUCGGGUACUCUGCACCAAUGCCGCCUCCGGGUGGGCGGCGUCCACCGCCUCGACUGGAUUCGGCCCCCCCGGAUCGGAAGCCCAUGAGAACCCCCGUGGGGGGCCCUAAUGGGCUGGCUUCGCCCCGACAGCCGGCAUCUCCUCACCCGUCGGGCUCCCCCUCAUAUCCCCCUCGCACCGAAUCUCGUCAGCAACCGCCUCGAGGCUCUGGGGCUUCCACACCUCAGCCUGCUCCCUCGGUGGCCUCGCCGAGUUCAUCUGUCCCACCAAGCUCAUCUGCACCACCGCAGCAAAAGCCCGCGACUAAGCCGGCCAAGGGGGGCCAACUGCCCGGCAAGGGGCCCAAGACCUUCGAAGAGAUGGGUGUCCCUAGUGCGAAGAAUGACAAUGAUUGCGUAAGUGCCGAGCUCCCUCUGGUCUCUGCCAUGAGCUAA